GCCUCUUCAGGUGAAGUCUUCAAGCCUCUGCUGACGUCACACGCAGGGAUAGGCUGCGUCACGUGGUACAGCUUUCCAAACCUGAGUUUUCCGAAAAAAAAAAAAUGUAGAGGAACAGAAACCGCUUUGAUCGUGGGAAAGGCCUUUGGAUGCACAAAUAUCAUAAGAAGUUUUACACACACUCAAGGCCAAUGGAUAAUUGCAAAUUCUGGAGGAGACUCCAUUCGGCGUUGUGUCUGAAACAUGCCCCACUACAACGACGCAUCCACAGGCUCACUCCCGAGUCUUCACGGCUUGACUGAUCACAGGACAUCGGACUCUUUAUACUCCGAACCUCUUCCACCACCUCCCCUACCGAACCAGCCACCGAUAGGCCCUGAGUUUGACCGCAGCGGAAGCGAGGACAACGGGGACUCCGCCAUCGACAUCAAACCCGUCCACCGUUUCAUCCCAGACUCAUGGAAGAACUUCUUGAGGUCCAGCAGUGGAAGCAGCAAGUUGAAGUCAAUGUUGGGCUCGAGCAGCAAGAACACGACCACUGACGGCGUUCGUUGUUCUCCGCCACAUUCGCCGUCGGUUCCCGGUUCCCACCGCGACCCGUACGGCGGAUCCGGAGGCAGUUAUAACUCGCGUAAAGAGCGUGAAGCAAUGCUGUUGGGCAACCCUGUGGAGUCCUUUGACGGCCGUACGGUGCACACUGCUUUGACAUACGGUGAAAAAGUCGAGGAAUACAACCAGCGCUACGCCUACAUGAAGUCUUGGGCUGGACUUUUACGUAUUCUUGGUUGCAUUGAGCUGCUUCUCGGAGCAGCGAUUUUUGCAUGCGUGUGUGCUUACAUUCAUAAAGACAAUGAGUGGUAUAACAUGUUUGGAUACUCGCAGCCUGGUGGGGCUUACGGAGGAGGUUACGGAGGUUAUGGAGGUUACGGAGGCGGUUAUGGCAACACCUAUUACACCGGACCCAAGACACCGUUCAUCCUCGUGGUGGCAGGAUUGGCGUGGAUAGUGACCGUCAUCAUGCUUGUCUUGGGAAUGACCAUGUACUAUCGAACUAUCCUUCUGGACUCAAAUUGGUGGCCUUUAACGGAGUUCUUCAUAAACCUGGCUCUCGCGCUCUUGUUUUUGGCGGCGGGUUGCGUGUACGUGAAUGACACUAUUCGAGGUGGACUCUGCAGCUAUCAGUACUUCAAUAACGGCAUCAAUGGCGCUUUCUGUCGCACUGAGGCUGGGCAGACGGCUGCGAUCAUUUUCCUGUUCUUCACCAUGAUCGUGUACUUGGUCGGAGCCAUAGUGUGUCUAAAACUGUGGCGGCACGAAGCGGCUCGACGACUACGAGAGCGUAAUGGGCAUGAGAUGCAGCCAAGAGAUUCUCCUUCUGCUGUGCAUUUGGUUGUUGAUGGUUCAAGGGAGCCGAUGCCAGUCUCCGCGGCGGUUCAGCACACACACACUGCCGCCGCCAAGCCCAGAGUCGUGAAAGGGCAUAUUCCAGCUGGACACGCUCCUAAACCUGUGAUCAUGCCGGACUACAUCGCUAAAUAUCCAGCUAUCCGAACAGACGAGCAGCGGGAUCAGUAUAAAGCCGUGUUUAAUGACCAGUAUUCAGAGUAUAAAGAGCUGCAUGUAGAAGUUCAAGCCAUACUGAAGAAGUUUGAUGAAAUGGAUGUGAUGAUGCAGAACUUACCGCAAAAUCCCACCAGUCAUAUGGAGCGUGAUCGCAUCAACAAAAUCCUGCAGGAAUAUCAGAGGAAGAAGAUGGAUCCUUCAUUUUUGGAGAAGAAGGAAAGAUGUGAGUACUUGAAGAACAAACUCUCGCACAUCAAGCAGAGGAUUCACGAGUACGACAAAGUCAUGGGCUGGAACGAUGGUUACGAGAAAUCUGACCACACCUCUGUUAACCUGCGUGUUUCUUAUCGCAGACUCACUCUUUUAUCUGUAGAGUGUCUGUAUCCUGAUACCAGACGACCUCUCUUUAUGGCUGCUGAAACUCUCUCUCUCUCUCUGUGUGUGUGUGUGUGUGUGUGUGUGUGUGUGUGUGUGUGUGUGUGUGUGUGUGGGCGGGGUUUAAUCAUCUUAAGGGCAGGUUGUUUGUCUCACCUGAACAGUGACACAGUGGACGUCAGCAACUCCGCGAACAGAAUGUCUUCGAGGCCGCACGGGAGUCCUCCGCCCUAUGAUUAUCAUACAGAAGAUGGAUAUAAUGUUGCCCCGCAGCCUGCGUAUUCGUACUAUCCUGACGACGAGUUCCAGCAUUUCUACCGCUGGACGUCUCCGCCGGGCAUCAUAAAGAUCAUGUGCGUCAUGUCGAUCAUCUUCUGCGUGGGCAUCUUCGUGUGCGUGGCCUCGACUCUGGCCUGGGACACGGAUGCAGGAGCGGCUGGAUUCGGCUCUUACGGAGGCUCUUACGGAGGUUCUUACGGAGGCUCAUACGGCGGCUAUGGAAUGGGUGGAGGAUAUGGAGGAUACGGAGGAUACGGAGGCGGAGGCUAUGGUUACGGGAUCCUCGGCUCUCAGAAUGACCCCAGGCAGGGGAAGGGUUUCAUGAUCGCCAUGGCUAUCAUCACCUUCAUCAUUCUGCUCGUCAUCUUCAUCAUGAUCAUCUCGCACCAGAAGGUGGCUCAGGGAAGGAAGUUCUACCUGGCCGUCAUCAUCAUCAGUGCCAUCAUGGCUUUCCUCAUGUUAGUCGCCACCAUAGUCUAUCUGGUGACGGUUUACCCGAUGGCCCAGUCAUCCGGAUCAGUUCAGUACAAUCAGGUUUACACCAUGUGCGCCGCUUACCAGCAGCCUCAGAUGGCGGGUGGGUUCGUGAACCAGUAUCUGUAUCACUACUGCGUGGUGGAUCCUCAGGAGGCAAUCGCUCUUGUUUUGGGCUUCAUUGUCACCGCGGCCCUCAUCAUCAUCAUGGUUUUUGCCAUUAAAACCCGUCAAAGGAUCAAUUAUCACGGGAAGGACAACAUCCUGUGGCGCCACGUGAAAGAAAUUGAUCAUAACUCACCGCAGGAUGUAGAGGACUGGGUGAAUAAUGUGAAUGGAGUGCCUGAGCCGCUGCUGGCAGACUAUCCCAUGAAGUUUGGAGGGUCUAGAAAUGAUCUGGAUGACAACAGCACAAACUAUGACAAACCUCCCCACAGUGAGAGUCCUGUGGAGAUGGAGUACGAGUUGCCUGUCCGUAGUUCAGUCCCGCUGAGCAGCGGAUCGGAGAUGAACAGCUCUGCAGGACGGCCCAAGAAACGGCGCGCUGGACGCCCGCGAACCGCCGACAGACGGGAUCAAGACACGGACUACGCCUCCUCUGGAGAUGAGCUGGACGAUGAUGACUUCUCCAGUGAAUUCCCUCCCAUUAUUAAUAAUGAAGAGAGAGAUGAUUACAAGCGCCUGUUUGACAAAGACCACCAGGAGUACAAGGAGCUCCAGGCAGAAAUGGACCAGAUCAACAAGCGUCUGGCUGAAGUGGACCGGGAGCUCGAUGAUCUUCAGGAGGGCAGUCCUCAGUUCCUGGACGCCAUGGACGAGUACAACGCGCUGAAAGACAAAAAGAGGAGCGGCGACUACUUGGUGAAGAAGAAGCGCUGCAAGCACCUGAAGGCCAAACUCAACCACAUCAAAAGAAUGGUCAGCGACUACGACCGCAGGUCCUGAAGAUCAUUCCCAUCACAUCAGAGAAGAGCGAGCUACUGGACGGUAUUGUGAGAGUACAGAUGUGUUGGCGUCUGUCCAGAUGUGUGGGUCGUUGCCAUUCGUGAGCUGGGCUGUGUUGCUUUCUGGACAUUUGAUUGAUAAUGCAUGUAAAUAUUCAAGGCAUUCUGCUUCGUAUUGCUCAGUGCAAUAUCUCCCAGAAUCCUUUAUGAACCAGUUUUAAAAUCAGGUUUAACUAACAGUUCUGUAGUUGUUUUUUGUUGCAAAUCUCCAUUUAGCAGUUACAGAUUUAACAUGAACUUGUUGGUGUUUCAGUGCGGCGUGUUUGUUUUAUAAUGUUUUUUUUUUUUUUUAUUGUUAUUCAGAGAUUUCUUAGUGGGUAAAAUACUGUGCCAAAUAAUUUCACCAGGUGGGUGGUUUCAACUCUUGAUAACCAGUUAUGUCUGUAUAAAUCAAGCUGUGAUCAGUUACAGGUUACAGAUAGCCUUUAAUAGUCUUUUAAGCUGUAUUUAUGCCAUUUUAAAAACUUUAUACUUGCUCGUAUGUAAAUAUGUAAUUUAAAAUGUUUGAUUCCUUUUCAUUGUUUUUGACAACUAUUAAUAAAGUCAUUUUUAAUGCCAUAAUAAAUGUGAGCAUACAUUUACUAGUAUAUUAACUGUUCGUGGAUUCUGAAAGGAUGUCAGUAAAAUCCACAAAAUGCUAUUUAAAACAGUUUCUUUAAUUUUACACAUCAAAACAAUGUCUGGUAUCACAAAGUUAAAGUUCAGCGUUUCAUUUAGUGAUGCACCGG